UUAAAUACGUUCCUGUUCUCCAGGGUCCGAUUUUCACGCAUCGCUUCUUGCCCAUAUCUUUGCAUAUGAAGGCCUAAGUAGCACAUUGGUUGAGCCAGGGGCGCUGUGCAGCCGGCGCCAGGGAGAAACUCGGAGAUUAGACGAGAGACGCUUCGCCCAUUCAGCACCGCGGACAGCAGCCAGCGCGCUCCCUCUGUGGGCGGUGUUUCAAACGAGGCGAUUCGGUAGGAACGUGGGAGCUGUCAUUGCUAUAAAGCCACAUUUGCGGGAACCAGCGUCACCGCUGCACAGCAAUUAUAAAUGCUGGGAUUAUGUUAAUUAAAAUGAUCAGUUUUUGAUAGGUGCCUUUGUAACAUUGCUGCUCCACGUUAUCAUUUUUCCUUUAUUUUGAUCGUCAGGUUUGGACGGGAAUUUUGGAGAGAAUCGAGCUUAUCAUGAAGUCGGAUAUUUACUGUUCUCUGGUGUUUUAAAGACAAAUACGACAUGCGUUCAUUGAGGAAAGGUAUUUUGCGAUGGAUUAUCAAAGGACAUUAUUUUUGACGCUUAUUCUCCAUUCAUAAACACUAAUAUGUUACCAAUUUCGUAAAUAGAAAUGCUUUUCUAAAAAAAACCUGUUAUUUAAACGGACGAAAUAUCGUGUCGUUUGGCUUUCAUCUUGUGCCAUCUUCCUAACCGGUUGUAAAAUGCUGUGACACUGAAGACACGCCGUUCCUCGAUAACAGUUUUUUUUCUCACAACACAGAAUGGGAAACAAAUAGCUCUCGUUCUCUCUCUUUCACGGUUGCGUGUUUCUCAUCUCAAGCAAUGGAAACAUUGUGAGGCUUCAGACUGUAACUGACGGACGCUUGCGAGAACUUGAGAAGCAGCAACAGUCUCGACACCACAGACAUACACAAAUAAAAAAUGCAACGGGCUUUUCAAGUCGAUCGGAGCGUGAAGUCCGCGCGCCAGGCUGGCUAGGAGGAGGUCUUGCGAGAGACAGCAAGCAUCUUGUUUCGACCCCCAUCCUGAAAUGAGGCAAAAUGUUGAUGUGUGACAGAGGAGUCCAGAUGCUCAUCACUACAGUGGGCGCUUUCGCCGCUUUCAGCCUGAUGACUAUCGCUGUGGGGACGGACUACUGGUUGUACUCGAGAGGAGUGUGCAGGGUCAAAAGUAAUAACGAGAACGAAACGAGCAGGAAAAACGAGGAAGUGAUGACCCAUUCAGGGCUGUGGAGAACCUGCUGUCUUGAAGGAACAUUUCGAGGUGUAUGUAAGAAGAUUGACCACUUUCCCGAAGAUGCAGAUUACGAACAGGAUGCAGCGGAAUAUUUACUACGAGCUGUGAGAGCAUCUAGCAUCUUCCCCAUCAUGAGUGUUGGACUACUGUUCAUGGGAGGUUUGUGUGUGGCUGCCAGUGAGUUUUACAGAAGCCGACACAACGUCAUUCUCAGUGCUGGAAUCUUCUUUGUCUCUGCUGGUCUAAGUAACAUCAUCGGAAUCAUCGUGUACAUAUCUGCCAAUUCGGGUGACCCGGGCCAGAGCGACUCGAAGAAGAGCUACUCAUACGGCUGGUCAUUCUAUUUUGGCGCCCUGUCCUUCAUCAUGGCCGAGAUGGUGGGCGUGCUCGCCGUGCACAUGUUCAUCGAAAAGCACCGGAAGCUGCGUGCCAAGUCCCGCACCGAGCUGAUCAAGAAGUCGGCCUUCAGUCGCAUCCCCAGCUACCGGUACCGGUUCCGCAGGCGCUCCAGCUGCCGCUCCAGCGAGCCGGCCUCCCGUGACGCUUCGCCCAUGGGCAAGAGCGGGUACACGGGCCCCGCAGCGGCAGACAUCUCGAUGUACACCCUUUCCAGGGAUCCUUCCAAGGCUGCAAUGGGUGCCUUGCUCAACUCUGAGAGGGAGUUUUUGCAGGCUCACAACUCCAACGCCAAGGACUUCAAAGAUGCGGCCAACAGGAGGACCACUCCAGUCUGAACGAGACGAAGAUGUCGGGAAUCUACAAAUAAGCACAGAGGAAGUGCCACGGCCGAGACGUUAAAACUAGUUGGCCCGGCAGGAAGAAUUCACUGAAGGCCUGCAGGGCUUUAACCCGCUUUCUAUAACAGUAUAUAUAAAUAUAGAUGGUAAUUGUUAGAUCAUUGGUGCUUCCUUUUAAUCCUCAUUUCAGUCAAUGUUUCUGUCCUUUCACGCAGAAUCUAGUCACACACCUCCCUCCCCCUAAGGGCUACUCGAGUAGAAUGCUAGUCCUCUUUUCAAUGUUAUUUGUUCGAGUACUGCAAUUGGAAUUGCUGAAAUGCUCAAGGUAGCCCAGUGAAACUGUGAAGCCCUAUAAGGGGGAGGAUUGUAAUGAUUUUGACAGAUGAACCGAAAGGCUGUCCCACUAUUCGCCUUACGCACAGCUCAGUAGCCCAUAGCUGGUGAGUGCCUCUUCACACUCACAAGAUUGUACACAUUGUUGGUUUCUCUCUUGGGUUGGACAUUGAGCCCGCACCUAGUGCCACUUGUUGCCAAUUCACACGCCAUGCCCGACCAUGGGCCCCCAUCACCCCUAUUCAUCCCACCUGCAGGGGGCGAUGCUGCCUCGGCCUCCACUGUUCUUUAGUCCCAUGAGCUAGUUCAUUGGGCUCUGCAUGCUUUUCACACCAGCCCUGUGUCCCAAUUCGCAUACUGUAUGUCUUUAAUUGUAUUUGAAACAAGAAUUAGAACGUCACCAAUUGCAUUAUGUUGAAAUGAGUAUCUCUACGGUCUACUGUUCUUGGUGAAAAUGCAAAGUGCAGAUCCAUAAACACUCAAACAAGCCAAACUCACUGUGAGAGGGAGGACAUACAAUCAGUAAACAUUACAUGAAGAAAUGCUUAAAUGCACUAAAACGUACUUGCUGCCCAUCACAAAAACACUACUAUUAGGGCAAGUAUGUGAAUUGGGACGCAGCAUAUAUAUUUUUUUAAGUUUAGUCCCAUUCUUCCCAUUCCAAACAUCCCCUGCAUAAACUUUUAUAACAGGGUUUAAAUGCUUGCUAUUAAAUAUAAUCUUUUAGCCCACCAAAGGUUUUGGUAUUACAUUUGUUUUAUUGAGAUUUUAAAAAUGUAGUUUACUGUGAUUUACAAUGAGAUUUACAGCCUCCUCGGUUAGAGGUUCAUUUGAGGCCCUUGUUUCAGAUGAUAACUCAUAGUCUUAUUAAUAUUGAUAUUGUUGUCAUUAUUACUGUAGAUUUUUCAUAUAUCAGCAGCAUAAUAGCUGGUGGUUGCCAAAUGUGGAUUUCCUAUUUGUGUAUAGUUCAACUAUUUUUUAGAAACAAGCAGGAAGUGUUCAUACAAUUGCCAAAAAGCUGGUCAUCAAGGGUUUAUAAAAACAGGCGUAACGAAAACAAAGAGAACUAACUGCCAUGUGCUUCUGUUCGUUGUUAAUGAAUCAGAGCAGUGAUAGCACUAUUCACAUAUUAGAUAACGCUCGUAUGGGCUGACGGGACUGUAGGGUCCCAGUGUCAACACAAAAUUAAUUUCACUAUUGAAUAUCAUACAAAACCAGUAGAGGACUUUAUGGUAGUAAGUAAACUCUUAUAUACUUUUCAUUCUAAAUUAAUGGUACAUCAACAGUUACAAAUAAAUACUAAAAAAAUAAUAAAACAUAAAUAUAUACACAACUUUAGUUGCUUAGUUAAUAUCAUAAGCAUUAUACUGAUUAAUAAAAACUCCAAGGGCUUUUGGUUUUCAACAAUCAUACAAGGGCUUUAAAGAUGUUUAGCCAACAUAGAAAUAAACAGAUUUGCCCUUAAAAUAUUUAAAUAGCAAAACAUUUGCGUACCUAGCCAUAUUCAUGUAUGCAAAACAUCUAAAUGUAAUGAUAUAUUGUAUACAGUAAGUUUUUCUUUGCAUAUUUUUCCAUUGCUAAUCCCCAUGUCAAUUAGGUAGAAAUGGACGUUGACUUUUUAACCAUGGACAUCUAUAACAAUGUAGUUUUUCAGAUGUUCACCUCAUUUCAGAACCCCUAAGAUUGUACAUGCAUGUACUUUAGCCUCCAAAUUCACGCUAGCCAGUCUCUCAUCUGCAGUUUUAUUCAUUCAGCUUACAUAAAUCCAGAUAUCGAUCAGCCGCCUCACUGGGAAUAUAACUGUAAAUGUUGCCUUUGUUUGGAUCCAUGUUGUGACGUUGUGCUGUUCGGGGUCUAAAUGAAACGUUUCACAUUUGAAGGAGUUCCACCGGUGUGAGUUGAACAGUUCUACCCUUCAGCUCUCAGAGCACCUAGUGCCUGUCUCUUCUGCCUCCUCCGAGCGCCCAUCUUCGGGCCUCUCUCUCUCUAUUUCGCUCGCUUGCUCCUUCAUCUCCAUAUCACAGCCUUGCAUCAACUCCUCUUUAACAGGACUGUUAUUCCUCAGCCAGUCACAUCCAUACAGUCUUAGGCCCUGUCACUCACCACGUAGGCCUGCGACAUUGUGUACGUGACCUCUCAACAAAAACAGCAGUUUCAGCUUGAUACAUGCUGUAGAAAAAAGCACACCUUUUAAAUACAGUAGUUUACAUCUAUAAAGAUAAUAGUUAGAAAAAUAUUUAAAAAUUUAGGAAAAUAAAGUCAGUUUUAAGAAUGCCAACGAUGCACGUCUGUGUCUGUACUUCUUCACGUCACAGACUGUACUUCUGUACGUCUGUGUUUGCAAAUGAGCCGCCACAUUUAGAGGAAUUCAGGAAAUUUUAAAUGAAGCCAAUGGUAAAUCACAGCUUUGAUCCAAAAUGAAGACUUUCAAUGUCCACCAUUGUUGAAUGGAAGUGUAUGAAGUCAACAUGAAAUUAAAAUUGACCCAAUUUACUUAAUGUUUGUUCCUGGACUUAUUGUACAUCAUCCAUUGGUGAAUAUAAUAAAUAUAGAUGUUGUCAUUACAUGGUUUCUUCAAGAUGCAGUAUUUUCCUCCACCUCUUUCCGCCGAAUUCUUCUUUCCCCAAGCAGCUGUCAUUUAAAUAAGAUCAAGUUUAACAAACCAAUCAAUUUGCAAUGAUUAAUGUGCAUUAUUUUCCCAAAAAAACAUCCUUUUUACUAGGGUUGGGAAUCGAAAAUCAAUUACAAUUUGCAAUCGGAAUCGAAAGGCUAGGAAUCGGAUCGGAAACAAAAGGAUUAGGAAUCAGAUACUUGAGAUUAAAAUUUGAAUUCCUCUUAUCAAUUCCUGUGUGCAUAUUUUCAGAAAAGUACACGCGUUGAGUGAUCUGCUGCUAUAAAUAUGCAGGCUAAAUUGCCAUACAGGUUGAUAUCUAAAUGUUUUACUUCAACUGUGGAAUCGAAACUGGGAAUCGAUAAGAAUCGAAAUCGAUAGCAGAAUCGGAAUUGGAAUCGGAAUCAAUAAAAUUCAAACGACUCCCAGCCCUACUUUUUACUCAGCCGUAUGUUAUAUUAUAGAAGUAAAACGGGUUGAAUGCCAUUUCAUGUUGACUGUAAAGAAUGAUGGUCCACCCUCUAAAUGUGUUUGCAAAACAACCGUGUCCCUAAACUCACAUAUCGUUCACCUAUUAACUCAUAUCUACCUUGAUCAAGAGAGCAAUGACGGGUUUAUGUCCCAGCAUUCACACUAAAUGGCCAAUCUUUACACAGCAGGAGAUUUAUCCGGUCUGCAAUUUCUGGAAAAAGAUUUGAAAAAGUUUCUCAGAAAAGCUAUUCAUCAUCACACGAGGUGGUGAAAAGCUAAAAGGUAUAAGCGACUCUGUUUCGCAUACACACAUGGCACAGGUAAGACAUCCAUCUAGCUCAAGAUCUGUAAGGGCUACUGACAAGAGGAAUGAGUGAGAGCAAUCUGGGCAGUUCAUCAAGGCCCCCUAGAAGGGCAGGGAAUUUAGUAUGCCAAAGAGAGCGCAGCUUAACAGCAGCUUGUGCUAUAAAAUCAAUAGAAGCCCUGUCCGUGGCGUAUGAGCUCCAGGCUGCACCUUUUCAUCUUCAAUAGGGCAGAGAUGCUUGAGAGGCAGUGUGGGUGAGAGCUUCAGACAUCACAUCUGAGGCCGAAUGCUGGAACCAACAAUGGAGCACGGAGGACCUCCAGACAGGUGAGGCAUCUGAACGGUUACAAGUCUGCGGUGAUAAUCAUCUCACGGAGUCCAGGUGUGCAACUGGCUGAAUAUGAAUAUGUGGAUACUUUUUAGUCAGUAAAAUGACCUAAGGCGAGUCUCUCCAGAGGUUGUGUUUAAGUUUUGGCAAAGAAGAGAUGGCCUUUGCAGGAAGGUUGGGUUGAAAGGUUUCGGCCUUGAGGUUGGUCCCUCUCCGGGAUGAGUGAGGGCAACCAUGCGGGCGGUAUUGAGUGAGUGUCUUUUGGAGAUCAGGGGUAUCUGAGUCAUAGAGAACAGGACAGGUUGAUCGUGCAAAGAUUACCAACAAAAGCAUUGCUAUUCCUCGCGGGCACGCACACAAUCUCGCUCCAACCUCGCACGAGGCAGAUAACUAUCACAGAAAGGUCAUGUUUUUCAACCGGUGCUGCCCUUUUCCCUCCCUCCUCACCCGCUUACCCAUUUGAGCCCUUUAACCUGACACAAUCUGAAAACAUGAAAAGGUGGUUGUUUUCCUGAGCGUGUGUUAAGCGCCGGCAAGACUGAUGGAUGAAAAUUAAAACAAGAGGAUUUAUGAAAACCUCAUUUCUGUGCUAAAAAGGAAGAAGGAAAUUUUGGAUGUGUGCUUUCUAAACAGGCUUUGAUGAUUCACUGGGUGAGUUAUCUCCAAGAGCAAGUGCAGGCUGCAGAUUGGCUCCUCUCUGCCGGAGUCUGGAGAUAGUCAGCCAUCCUCACCAUAACAAUGUUUUAAUCCACUUCCUCUAUCUUAACUCUCACUAACACAGCUUAGAGAGAGAGGCUAAAGGCUGAAAGUUGUCUAAAAUAUGAAAUAUUACAAGCAGUCCACAAACCACUCCACAAUUUUAUAUUCUCUCUCUCUCUCACUCUCUCUCUCUCUCUCUCUCUCUCAUUUUAAUAUAUAUGUUUAUUUCUGUAUUGG